UCAUAACUGGUUCAUAAGACACUGCCCAUAUACUGAAGGCACCAUUUGAGUUAUUUAUUGUCACUAAAUUAAGAUAAAAUGACGAAAGUACCAACCAUUCCUGAUUUUUAUUCUCAACAACAAAUUUUCAUCACGGGGUCUACUGGCUUUAUGGGAAAAGUACUAGUGGAGAAACUACUGAGAUCAUGUUCUGAUUUAAAAAUAAUUUACGUAUUAGUGAGAAAUCGGAAGGAGAAAUCUGCUCAAGAGCGAUGGCAAGAAAUUACAAAGGCCGAGGUCUUCGAUCGACUUAAAAAAGAACGUCCUGGAAUUUUAGAAAAGAAGAUUGAAGUUCUGUGUGGUGAUGUAAAGGAGAAAAAUUUAGGUCUAAGUACUGAAAAUUGGAAAAAACUUCAAGAAAAUGUAUCAAUAAUUUUCCAUUGUGCUGCGAGUGUUAGAUUUAAUGAUCCCCUACCAGAAGCUGUGUUCAUUAAUCUCAGAGGUUCCUAUGAAGUGAUUAGGCUUGCCCAGGGUAUGAGCAAACUAAAGGUUUUAGUACAUAUUUCUACUACAUACUGUAAUAACUUUUCUACAGAAAGUGGAGAAACAAUAUAUCCAGCACCUGCUGAUUGGAGGAAAACAAUUGAAAUAGCUGAAAAAUUGGAUCCUAGAGAAGUCAACAUUCUAUCAGCUAAGUAUCUUGGAAUAUUUCCUAAUACUUACACAUUUACCAAAAAUCUAGCAGAAAGGAUGAUUUGGGAUCAUCGUGAUCAGUUGCCAAUGGUGAUAAUUAGACCAUCCAUCGUGAUUUGUUCGUUAGAAGAACCUAUGCCGGGUUGGAUAGAUAACCUCUAUGGACCUCUCGGGUUAAUGCUUGGUACUGCAAAAGGUGUAGUAAGGGUAACUUUGGUUGAUAAAGAUUCUAUACCUGAUUAUAUGGCAGUGGACAUUGCAAUAAAAGCCAUGAUUAUAGCUGCCUGGAAAAAAGGAGUUAGCCCAGUAAAUGGAGAUGUUCCUGUCUAUAAUGCUGCUUCAAGAUCUAAAGGAAUUACUAAUGGUGAAAUGAUAAAAAUUUCACAACAAGUCAAUUAUAAAUAUCCCAUAAAUGAAAUGUUAUGGUACCCAUUUGUGACAAGCACUAAGAGCAAUUUAUGUUUUAAAUAUCAAGCUAUUCUCAAACAUCUUUUACCAGCAAUUAUUGUGGAUCAGAUAUUUAAAAUAUUAGGCAAAAAACCUAUGCUGUUGAAAGUUCAGAUAACAAUUUAUAAUGCUAUGAUGGCUCUGGGUUAUUUCGCUACCAAAACAUGGAAUUUCGCAAAUGAUAAUUUCUUAAAUCUUAGAAAUGAUAUAUUAGAAGAGGACAAAGAACAGUUCAAUUAUGAAUUUGAUGAUAUGACUCCUGAAGAAUUCAUUGAAAUGGGUAUAGCAAAGGGACGAAUAUAUCUUCUUAAGGAGGAUGAAAGUUUAUUGCCUCAAGCCCGAAAAAAGUUGAGGAGGUUGUAUUGGCUUGACAGAUUUACUAGCCUGUCGUUUAAGUGCUUCCUUGGUUUUGCGGCUUAUAAAUACUUCUUUUAAACCUUUUUUGGAAAAUACUAUUUAGAAAAAUAUUCCUGUAAAUAUUCAUGAAACAUACAGAUAUUAAUUUUAUUUUGACAUAUCUGCAGAAAAUGUUAACUUAUAAUUAAAAUUUAACUAUUCAUAUGAAUUAGUUUCAUUGUUCCAUUAAAUUGUAAAUAAUUAUUGUAAGGAAAUAUUAUUUACAUUUAUUUAUAGUUAAUUUAAAUUUGUAU